CCAGCUCCUGCCCAAGACCCUACAGCGAGAACCACAAGAGCGUCAAGAUGGCAGAGCUCGAGUGCCCUAUGCAGACCAAGGCGUUCAACAUCUUCUGGCACAAGGCAGAGCUGCGGCUGGUCGCACAAGCGAAGCCAGAAGCCCCAGUGUUUGCAUUCUCGCGACCAUCACUCUUCGGUGGACGUGAGGAGUUCCUUUUGCAGUACCCGGCACGACUUGAGCAGCCGAGCGAACGAGACGUCGCUCGACACCGUUUUACUGUUCGGCACGGCAAAAAGCGACGGAGUUUCCAGGCACCCGAUGCCGCCACGUUCGAUACGUGGCUAUCAGCAUUGGAGGAGGCACUGGAGCCCAACAGGGAGUCGGAACAUUCUCAUACUCCGAGCAGCAUUGCUACAACUGCAACUACUAGCACGGAAGGGAGUACUGGAACCAUCAGCCAGGGCAGAGUGAGCAAUGCCGGCAGCUCUGGCACUCGGACCAGCAGUCGAUGUAGCAAUCCCAUAAGCCAACGUAAUCACCACUCGCAGCCCAGAGCACCAGCUCUAAGACUGACCUUGGAGCGACCCUGCUUCACACGUGAUCCUAACAACUUGAAAUUGAUCAGACUACACCGUCCUGCCGCGACUAUCGUCGGAACUGAGGCCGAUGAUGACGUAUUGGACGUACCAGAAGCAGACACCGAUAUCGAGUACGAACCGGAAGAAGAGCUGACCGAAGAGGACGAUGUGUCUAGCAAUGAUGAAAUCCUGAAAGAUGAACCUAUUGAUGUGGCUGAAGCGGAUGCCGACGACAACAUUGAUCUUGCAGAUGCUACAGCCAAUGCUGAUGACCUGGGUGACCCGACGAAUAUUACCACUACUGAAGCUGUUGCACUCACCGUUGCUGACAGUGUUGGCUCCCAGAGUGAUGAUACUGCGCAAGGUUUCACUUCUGGCAAUGUCGAGAGUGUUAUCGCAGCGGAAGGUCAAAACGCCCUCGACUUAGAGGUCAACAUUUUCAAGACCGAAGCCGAAGAAGUUGAGUCGGGAGUGAAGUUAGCCGUUGAAGCGCUUGCGGUUGCAGUGGUUAAUAACUCAGUCGAAGCGUCAAGCGGUCCAGUCGUCACAACCCCCGCCCCACGUAGCUACACAAAGAAACCUGCUCAGAAGAGCACUUCCCGUUCCUCUAGUGUCACCAGUAAGUACAAGUGGGUACCUCUCGAUCCAAACAACUCGAGGCUCAUCUGGGUACGCAGCUCAAUUGAGACCGAAGUGAAAUCUGCUCCACGAAGCAACCCAAGACGGAAAGGUGGCAAACCUGCACGAAGAUGGGUCCCUAUUGAUCCAAACAGCACACGACCCAUUUGGAUUCGGGAGAACACUGCAGUUCGGAUGGAAUCCCGGUACAAGGCGACAUCGCAUACACGCAAAUGGGUCCCUCUUGACCCAGAGAACUCCAGAUUCAUCUGGGUACGUCACCAAGCAGCCUCCAGCAAGCAGCCCCGACACUGAUCAAACGUCGAUCCAUAGUAUUUGUAACAAUUCAACAUACGUUCAUUAUUUUCAACGCAGUAUUUCUCUAUCUUGC